CACAUAUGGUCUCAUUUGUAAGCGCACCUCCUCAAACCCCACCAACCACUGCUGCGACCGCAACUAUCACAGCCGAGCAACAAGCGAGAUGUUCAGGAGCAUCGUGAGCCGGCUUGCUUCGUCGAGCCAGAUGGGUGUGCUUGCCGCACGCCGCAGCGUCGCCACCUCUUCUCGCUCCAGCAUGGCAGCGGGCAAGCUCUUCGUGCACCGCGACUCUGAGGAGAACAACGAUGAGACGCCUUUCAAGUUUACAGACAGCAACAUGAAGCGUGUUGAGGCCAUCAUUGGACAGUUCCCUCCAAACCACCGCAGCGCGGCAUGCAUCCCCGUGCUCGACCUUGCACAGCGUCAGAACAACGGCUGGCUUCCCCUUAACGCCAUGAACGAGGUGGCAAAGAUCCUGCGCAUGCCCAAGAUGCGUGUGUACGAGGUUGCGACCUUCUACACCAUGUUCAACAGAGAGCCGGUUGGCAAGUAUCACAUCCAGGUGUGCACCACCACGCCCUGCAUGGUUCGCGGUGCAUACAAGGUCUUCGAUCAUCUCAAGGCCAAGCUUGGCCUUGAGAACGGGGAGACGUCUGAUGACAAGCUGUUCACGCUGCUGGAGGUCGAGUGCCUCGGCGCAUGUGCAAACGCCCCCAUGAUCCAGAUCAACGACGAAUACUACGAGGACCUGACGAUUGAGGAUGUGGACAGAAUUGUGGAUAUGCUCAAGGCCGGCAAGACCCCAAAGCCAGGACCACAGUCUGGGCGCAACGCUGCUGAGCCGUUGUCUGGACAAACAACGCUUCUGGAGACGCCGCCGCCGCCAGACCACCUCUUCCGCAAGGACGGCCAGCUCUAGGCUGCUGCACUCGUUGCACCCGAUAUGCAGUGGGUUCAUGGGGGGGGGGUGGGAGGCUGUGUGUGUGGUUGAGCGUGAUUGCCGUGUAUGUGUGGGUGGAAAGGGGUCAGCUGCAAUGAUGUGGUGCAGUGUUGCAACAAGCCAUAAAACGUGCAAGGGUUGACUGCAAUGUCCAUCGGAUUAGAUUGCCUUGCUGGUCCGUGCACUCGAGCGUACGUGCUUCAUAGACUUAAUCUGUGCGUGUGGCGGUCGUCGAGGAAGUGCAGUGUAUUUGCUUGCAGUUGUACGAUACCAACCAAUCGAGAACAAGCGGGAAGAAACAGGGGAGGGUGUCGCACCAUCAAUACACACCAGAG